AAGACAAUCUUCAAUUUGGAGAGUUGUUUACAAAAUUAUCUCCCCUGAUCUUGAAGCGUUUGAAGUGAUGCAACGUGCUGUCAGUAGUGUCCACGUUUUGACUGAAUUUCCAUUGAGGAAUUAAUAAAAACAUAAUUUUGUGCAGAGGUUUCGGAAAAAAACAGGAAUGAAGCUAUACACUGAUGCAGGGAAUUUCCAGGCACUAAAGAUUUUUAUCAGUGCUGAAAUAGCCAAAGAAAAAUUGGAGUUUCAGGAAGUGAAACAUGAAGCCUGGGUUGUCCCGUACAUGAGCAGUCACAAGCUGCCUGUCUUGGAGGUCUACCCAGAAAAGUUUAUAUUUUCCUCCAAUGCUGCUGCCCGCCUGAUUCUCGCAAGGUCCGUGACAGAGGAGAACCCGUCAGCUGUGGACCAAUGGCUGGACUGGGAAUCUGCAUGUCUGCUGCCUGCAGUGUUCCCGUACCUUCAAAGUGUGAUAGUUCAGGGGAAGAUGGAUGAGUCCCUCGUACAGGGAAUACAGAAGUUCCUUGCCUUCUUGGACGGGGAGCUGAAAGGCAAAGAAAUGUUAACUGGGAGUCAGUUGACAGUGGCUGAUGUCGCUGUUUGGUCAACACUGUUUCCUGUUUUCAUGGGAAAAUCAGCCCUACCUGGCUACCAGAGUCACUUCCCCAUUCUGCUUACAUGGUUCACAAAAUUGGCAAAUCAAGGCGAAUUUGAUAGAGUCUCUCAAGCCAUGUGUAAAGGAGGUGAUACGAGCUACCUUAAGGGGUCUCUGACCAUCCAGCCUGCCCCUUUAAGGGUCGCUGAAACGGCCAAUCAGAAAGAAGCUGUCCAGAAGCAGACAAGCAAAGCAAAGGAAGACACCACGCAGGCUGCCCCAGAGAAAAUAGUAGCCAGUCCAGAAGAGAUAGAGGCUGCAACACUGGCCUGGUUGAAAGGCAAGAAACUGUGCCCAGAACCUCUGAAACGUGUACAUCCUGUUCUACCAGAGAAAGGUCGCCGUAACAUUCUGAUCACCAGCGCUCUGCCAUAUGUCAACAACGUGCCACAUCUUGGAAACAUCAUCGGUUGUGUGCUGAGUGCUGAUGUCUUCUCACGAUAUUGUCGUCUGCGCAACUACAACGUGCUGUACAUCUGCGGUACAGACGAGUAUGGGACCGCUACGGAGACCAAGGCCAUAGCGGAGGGUCUCACCCCGCAGCAGAUAUGUGACAAGUACUCGGCCCUCCACCGCGACAUCUACAAAUGGUUCAAUAUUGACUUUGACUACUUCGGCAGAACUACUACAGAGCAGCAGAAAGUGAUAGCGCAGGACAUAUUCUGGCACCUCCACAAGAAUGGCUACGUACUGACCAACAGUGUGGAGCAACUGCACUGUGAGAACUGUGAUAGGUUCCUUGCAGACAGGUUCGCGGAGGGCACAUGUCCCAUGUGUAAGUACGAUGACGCCCGUGGAGACCAGUGUGACGCCUGCGGAAAGCUUAUCAACGCUGUGGAACUCAUCAACCCCAAAUGUAAACUGUGUGGCAACAGGCCAAAGGUCCGGUCCAGUGAGCAUCUUUUCCUGGAUCUUCCCAAGGCAGAGCCGAAGCUCCAAGUCCACCUGGACAGUGUGUUCCAGACUGGAUUGUGGACGAACAAUGCGAAGGUGAUCACCAAGUCCUGGAUACGAGACGGGCUCAAACCUCGGUGCAUCAGUCGUGACCUCAAGUGGGGAAUACCGGUGCCUCUAGAGGGCUUCACAGACAAGGUGUUUUACGUUUGGUUUGACGCCCCCAUCGGCUACAUCUCAAUCACUGCCAACUACACCGAGCACUGGGCACACUGGUGGAAGAACCCAGAACACGUCCAACUGUACAACUUUCUUGGGAAAGACAACGUCCCGUUCCACAGCGUGAUUUUCCCUGCGUCACUGCUGGGGGCUGACGAUCACUACACUGUGGUGGGGCACAUGUCUGCUACAGAGUACUUGAACUAUGAGGACGGCAAGUUCUCCAAGAGUCGAGGCACGGGUGUGUUUGGUGAUCAGGCACGUGACACUGGCAUCCCAGCAGACAUCUACAGGUUCUACCUGCUCUAUGUGAGGCCAGAAACUCAGGACAGCAGUUUCAGCUGGGAUGAUCUAUUUUUAAAGAACAACAGCGAGCUUUUAAAUAACCUUGGCAACUUCAUAAAUAGAGCUCUGAUGUUUGUGAGCAAUAGUUUUGGUGGCAGUAUACAACAGAUGGACCUCUUGGCUGACGAUUUCAAUUUGAUUGCUCUGGUGACGAGAGAGCUGCGUUCAUACAUUGACAAUAUGGAAAACGCAAGAAUUCGGGACUCCAUCCGGAACAUUCUCAGCAUAUCUCGACUUGGGAACCAGUUCAUGCAGGAAAACAAGCCAUGGGUGCUUGUGAAAGGAUCAGACAUUGAGAAGUCUCGUGCUGGUACAGUAGUGAGCCUGGCAGCCAAUCUGGCGUGCCUGCUGUCUGUGUUGCUGCAUCCGUUCAUGCCAGAGGUCAGCGCAACCAUCCAGCGCCAGUUGAACGCCCCUCAGUCUUGCAAUGUGGUCUAUGAGGAUUUUGUGUGUCACCUGGACCCCGGACACAAGAUUGGGCAGCCAUCACCGCUGUUCCAGAAAAUAGAAGCAAGCACAAUUGCAGAGUUAAAGAAACGCUUUGCGGGCCAGGGACCUGCUGCUCCCAGCAAACCCAAGCCUAAGAAAGGAGGGGAACCUUCACAGAACUCCCAGACAGCAACCAGUCCUGCGGAGGUAGAGCGAUUACAAGGGGAGGUAACAAGUCAGGCGAACAAGGUUCGAGACUUGAAAGCAAAGAAGGCAGAGAAGGGUGUAAUAGACGCUGAAGUGAAGCUCCUCCUGGAUCUGAAGAAACAGCUUGCUGACACACAAGUACCCUCUGCCGUCACAGAAACCGGGGGAGGUAAAAAUAAGGGUGAGAAGGGAGAUCAGCCAGCGGUGAAACAGGAGGUGAAAGUAACAGCCAACAACGUGACUUCCAGUCCUGCAGAAGUUGAGAGACUGAAUAAGCUUGUUACUGAGCAGGGUAACAAAGUUAGAGAGUUGAAGACCACAAAGGCAGAGAAAGCGCUGGUUGACACAGAAGUGUCAAAACUUCUUGACCUCAAACGUCAGCUUGCGCUUGCCCAAGGAGAGAACCCUGAUGCCUCACCAGCAGGAGGGAAACAGAAGGGCAAGAAAAAGUGAUUACUACUUCAGGGGAUGCAAUUGGAACAGCCUUAAACAAUGGCUAUUUUAAUGAAUAAUUUGAAACUAUUUGCCUAAAUUCUGUUGUUCAGUUUUCGUAUAAUAAGUACAAGUUAGACAUAAUAGACUUAACACAAUAACUUGUGUAUUUUGAUAUACUAUAAAACACUGUCUUGUUUUAUUAUCAGAGUACUGCAUGUAAUACUUGUAUCAAAGUUUUAUUUGACACAAAGAGCUACUAUCCAUAUGACUACCCUCUUAAACUUCUUUAAACUGCUUUAAACGAAACUGUAUGAAACAACUCUCAAAUUAACUAUAUAACUUGAAGAUGUUUUUAGUUUUGUAGUAUUUAUCAAUCAGAUCUUAUGCCGGUUUUUGUGUUUUGCAAUAAUAGUGCAAAUAUUUGUUUAUGAGAGCCAUUGAAAAUUGAAUUUGUGCACUUGUAUUUAUUUAAUAAAUAAACGAAAAUCA